GGCAGAGCCGGGAAGCCCCCGCAGCCCCGGCGGGGCCUCUCCUGCACAGCCGAGCGUGAAACGGGCUGAGAAGUGUCACCAAAUGUCCCCGGGGCUGGGCGCUGCCUGUCCCCAGCCACAUCCAGCCCUUGGUGACAUUCCAGGCCCCACCCCCGGGCGCGGUGACCCUGGCCGGGCGCAGGAUGUGUGCCCUGGGCUGGCUGGCAGUGGCCAGCCUGUGCCUGGGGACACUUUGGGCUGUCCCAGCCAAGGAGAGGAGGAAGGUGGACAAGCCCAGGGCCGACCUGACCCCCUACGAGAACCUGGAUUUGGACAACUACGACCUGACCAUGGAUAACUACGGGGAGAUCCUGGACCUGAGCAACUACGAGGAGCUCUACGACUACGGGGACCUUGUCCCGAAGAUUGAGGUUGGCACCCUGGCUCCUCGCCCCAAGGACCCCCAAACCCUCCCCGAGCUGGGUGAAACCACGGCUGGGACCCCCAAACCGCAGCCCCCCGCUCCCAUCCCCCGGCAGGGGCCACCCUGCUGCCAGCUGUGCCUGUGCCUCGGCUCCUCGGUGUACUGCGACGACGCCGGCCUGGAGCGGAUCCCGGCGCUGCCGGCGGACACCGCGUACCUGUACGCCCGCUUCAACCGCAUCGGCGCCGUGCGCGCCGGGGACUUCACCGGCCUCGAGAAGCUGAAGCGCAUCGACCUGAGCAGCAAUUCCAUCUCGUGGGCGCACGCGGACGCGUUCCGGCUGCUGCCCAGCCUGCAGGAGCUGCUGCUGCCCCAGAACCUGCUGACGGCGCUGCCCGAGCUGCCCCGCAGCAUCGUGCGCCUGGACGCCCGCCUGAACCGCAUCCCCAGCGCCGGGCUGCGCCCCGAGGCCUUCCGGGACCUGAAGCAGCUGCAGUUCCUGCAUCUCUCCGAUAACCAGCUGGAUUUUAUCCCAGUGCCCCUUCCCGAGAGCCUGCGCUCACUGCACCUCCAGAACAACAACAUCCAGACGAUGCACGAGGACACCUUCUGCGACAGCCAGGACCUGGGGCAGAUCCGCCGGGCGCUCGAGGACAUCCGCCUGGACGGGAACCCCAUCAACCUCAGCCUCUUCCCCAACGCCUUCUUCUGCCUGCCCCGCCUGCCCACCGGCCGCUUCUCCUGAGCCCCCCGAGCUGGGGAUGCUCCAAAGUAUUCCCAGAUCCCAUCCCAGACCCUGCUCGGACCCUGCUGCUCCAUGGGAAAAUGUGGCUGAAAUGGAGAUUUUCCACCCCAAAGUGAGCUCGGUGCUGGGGCAAAUGGA